ACUUAAAAGUUUACCGUAAUAAAGUAAUACGUUAGUUGUAAACAUAUUUCAUAAAAGUUUUUGUGAUUAUAAAUUUCAAAAAUAAGUGAACUUCCUGACGGCAUACACGUUCAAAUUUGUCGCCAUGGACUCAAGUUCCGACGAAGAAAUCGGAAGAUUAAGAGAGGAAUUGGAACGUAAGCUGGAACAAAAAAGACGAAGAAAACAAGAAAAGUUGCUACACACCCCGCAACCCGAGGAGAAUACUACUUCUGCGUUAAAGCGGACAGAUCUCACAGGAAUAGAAGACACUCCAAACAAGCAAGCUGCUCUAUCAGAAGACAGUCAUCAAAUUAAGGGAAAUACCCAAGAAAAUGUAGUUCCAGGGAACCGGGCUGGACAAACAACAGAUGGCGAAAGAAAUAAAACUUCGUCGGAUAAGAUUUUUGAAAAACGAGCAGGAACCACCGACAAGGGAAAAAAAUACGAAGAUUUGGUUACCGCUAAAGUCGCACUACAAUUGGUAAGCGACAGUAAAAUAAGAGAUUUCUACAUUUCUUCGAAUGAUAAAAAUUUUGGUGAUUUUGAUGACGUGGUUAUUGAAAUUGAGACAGAUAGUAUAAUAAAAACAAUAGCACUGCAAUUAAAACACAGUAAUGAAAAAAAACAAUUAUAUAUAAAGCAACUGGCAGGCAAGAAGGGAGACUUUAGUUUAAUCAAAUAUUUCAAAUCUGCUCAAGAGGUUCAAGGCGAAGUGCAAGAAUUUAUAUUAUUCACCACAAACAGCUUUACAACUUCAAAGGAAACAAAAUUUAAACUAGAAGGAGAACAGUUUUACGUGAAGGUCAUUAAAAAGACAGUUUCAGGAGACGAUUUCGACGUUUUAAGAAUUUCUGAAAAUAUAAAUUUUUAUCAUACAUUUCAGAUCGUAGAGGACGAAUGGACUAAACAAAAUCCUGAAAAAAUUCAGCAGUACCAGACAUUCUUCGAGCGCUUUCGUCUUUACACAAACCAAGAACGUUUUGAAGCUAUUACAAAAUCAACAAUGGAUAAAUUUAUUGAGAUGUUUUGCUCUAACGAAGAAACUUUCAAGAAGUACGUCGACGUCAUAUCAGAAUGGAGUAUGCGAGAUGGAAAAAAAGAAAAACUAAGCAAAAGAAUGAUGCAACGUGUCAUCGCACUUCGUUUGCUUUAUUCUCAGAUCGAACCGUUUGCUUUUGGUUCAGUCACAAACGAAAUGAAAAUACUUCGAGAGGCUAUUUGUCUGUUCCACAUUACGUUGUUGGAAAAAAAAGGCAGCAACGCAUUUAAAAAUUUGUGGGGAGACUUGGACCAAAACAUUGACCUCAAAGAACUAAACAAAGUUCGAUCACUUUAUUCUCUUUCUUCUAAUUACAUAAGUAGUGCCGAAAAUCUGGAUGCAAAUUUGUUGACUCAAUUGCUGUGGCUUAUGCAGAAAUGUCCACUCAUUGUGAGAAAACACGUCAAUAUGGAGAAAGCUAUUAACCUCUGUCCAGGUGCAAAAUUUAUUAUUCUUGGCGAGGGUAAAUAUGAAGAAUGGAUGAAAAAACACUCUGUGUUUCAAAACUUGUUCAACUUGAAACCAGAAGUCGAAUUGUAUGAAAAAGUAUUGCGAAAAUUCACCAUUUCUAUACAAGGCAAAGAACCACGUAAUUUGGUGACUGCUUUCGAAAAAAAUGAAGAAAUUUUUAAGUAUGUCACUGUGGAAAAACUUUUAGAGAUGGCAUAUGGUCCAUGCCAUAUAGAUGGACAAAAGGAAGUUUUUCCCAAUCUUUAUAUCGACAGAUAUUUGUCAGUCAAUAUUAUAGACAUUAAAUAUCUAGAACAUGUUAAUCGAAACACUGUUAUCAUUUUAAAUUGCGAAGGUAAUUCUCAGCAAUUGAAAAUAUCUAAAAAGCAUACUCUAACAGACAUCGAGGGUUUUUUAAGUAAUACAGACCCCAAAAUUUUUGAUAAUCCAAUUUUUAUAAAGUGUGAAAAAAAUUGCAGUGAUUCUGAUUUUCAGAAAAUAUGUUCUAAAGCAACAGCAUCAAAAACUGUACACUGUUUUCAAUUUCUCAACGAUCAAAAUUUAGAAUGGAUUGGAAGCAAAGGAUCUGUUAAUGAACUGCGAAAAUAUAAAUUACGUAGUCGUUCCAAAAACGAAAACGAAAUUUGGUCAUCCAAAUUCAGCAACAACAUAAAUCUGAUAACAGGUGACCCAGGAAUGGGCAAAACCGAGUUAACGAAGAAUCUAAAAAACAACUGUUGUGCGAGAUAUUGGACCGUGAUUCUGAGUGCCCAAGAUGUUAUGUCUUUCUUUAAAAAUUCACCAAAGUCUGAAAAACCAGCAGACUUACAAUUCAAAACAUUUAUUUUAAACGAAAAAUAUCGAGACCUCGCUGGGUUGGAUCGUGAAUUCUUUACAAUGUGUUUAAAGCAACGAAAUGUGGUUUAUGUAUGGGAUGCUCUUGAUGAAAUAUUUACUCAGUUUUUAAAUGGUACUUUAGAUUUAAUUCUUAUGUUAUCGCAGAAAGGUUACAUUCAGUGGGUUACUGCAAGGCGACAUUUGAGAUCUUCUCUUGAAGAAAAAUUUAAUACUCUGUCAGUGAGUAUCAAUCAGUUCAACGAACUCGAGCAAGAAGAUUAUAUUAAGAAACGUCUUAACAGUUUUAUUGCGUCUGAAGGAUUGAAACCAAUCAUCGACAAAAUUAAAUCCACGUUUGCAUUUACAAAACAUAUAAAUAUAUUGGGAAUCCCUCUUCAAAUUUUUAUGUUAACAGACGUAUUACUUAAAAAUAAGGAAACAUAUUCAGAGUUAUUAAAUAAUAAAUUUCUGCUGACUGACAUGUAUCGUUACUUUAUUGAAGGAAAAUUUAAGUUUUUCUACGAAGGCAAAGUUCCUGUAAACAAUGAUUUUUGGCAAGAAAAAGUGAGGAAGGAAAAGGAAGAGAAAUUAAAACAGUAUGAAAAGUUGGCGCUCAAAGUAAUAUUUCCUGAAAAUGUUUUGAAACAAUUAAAUAUAGAUUAUUCGCAAACGAUAGAUUCUGUUUCUGAAGAUUUCGCAACUGUUGGUAUCAUGACUGGACUACAAAAUGGCAUCCCGCAAUUUGCACAUGCGUCCUUUGCCGAAUAUUUUGUUGCCUUACAUUUUUCUAGAAAUUUUGAAAUGAUACACAGGGAUAUAUUUUUUGAUGUGAAGUAUAAUAACGUACGUUUCUUCUUCGACAUGUUAACUGGCAAAAAAUUACCGGUCCACAUAGCAAUUUUAUAUAGAAAUUUUGAUGAAGUGGAGAACUUUGACGACGAAAUAAUAAAACGUAAAGAUGAGUGUGGAAGAAGUGCCUUACAUCUCAUUUGUUCUUGGGGACGAAGACAUGGGCGUUUAAAUGUACAAACCGAAUCUGGAGGUUAUGUUAUUGAGGCAACUAGGGAGAUUAUGAGUAGUUCAUUAGAAACGAAACAAUAUUUGAAAGCGUUAUUGUUUUUGUUAGACAAAUGUGAAAUAUUAGAAGAAGAUUUUUUACAUCAACUCACACCCUUAGCAUGGGCACAAGAAAGUGAAAGUUUGGGAGCGGAACUGGAAUUAUUGCAAUCAUGCAAAUUACAACUGAAAGAUUCGUAUAGUCGAACAGACAAAAUUAAUAUUUUCUUUUUUGCCGCUUUGCACGGAUACGCAGAAGCGUUUAAAAUAUUAUUUUCAUCUUCGAGUGUUUCUAAUAAUGAAGUAAAUUUUAGUGUUGAAUUCGAACGUAGUACGCCUCUUAUAAUAGCUUCUCGAGAGGGGCACGAAACAGUUGUAGAGUACUUGUUCAAAUACGGAGCCGAAAUCAAUCGCGCUAAUAAAUAUGGUGAGACACCGCUUUACACAGCUUCCUCUCAAGGUCACGAAAAAAUUGUCGAAUGCCUGGUGAAAUGCGGAGCCGAAAUCAAUCGCGCUGAUAAAGAUGGUCCGACACCGCUUUACGCAGCUUCCUCUCAAGGUCACGAAAAAAUUGUCGAAUGCCUGGUGAAAUGCGGAGCCGAAAUCAGUCGCGCUGAUAAUGUUUUUGGUGAGACACCGCUUUACGCAGCUUCCUCUCAAGGUCACGAAAAAAUUGUCGAAUUCCUGGUGAAAUGCGGAGCCGAAAUCAAUCGGGCUGAUGAAGAUGGUGAAACACCGCUUUACGCAGCUUCCUAUGGAGGGCACGAAGAAAUUGUCGAAUUCCUGGUGAAAUGCGGAGCCGAAAUCAAUCGCGCUGAUAAAGAUGGUCCGACACCGCUUUACGCAGCUUCCUCUCGAGGUCACGAAAAAAUUGUCGAAUUCCUGGUGAAAUGCGGAGCCGAAAUCAAUCGCGCUGAUGAAGAUGGUAAGACACCGCUUUACGAAGCUUCCUCUCAAGGUCACGAAAAAAUUGUCGAAUUCCUGGUGAAAUGCGGAGCCGAAAUCAAUCGCGCUGAUGAAGAUGGUGAAACACCGCUUUACGCAGCUUCCUCUGGAGGUCACGAAAAAAUUGUCGAAUUCCUGGUGAAAUGCGGAGCCGAAAUCAAUCCCGCUGAUAAAGAUGGUCCGACACCGCUUUACGCAGCUUCCUCUCGAGGUCACGAAAAAAUUGUCGAAUUCCUGGUGAAAGGCGGAGCCGAAAUCAAUCGCGCUGAUAAAAAUGGUCGGACACCGCUUUAUGCAGCUUCCUCUAGAGGUCACAAAAAAAUUGUCGAAUUCCUGGUGAAAUGCGGAGCCGAAAUCAAUCCCGCUGAUCAAGAUGGUCGGACACCGCUUUACGCAGCUUCCUAUGGAGGGCACGAAAAAAUUGUCGAAUGCCUGGUGAAAUGCGGAGCAAAAAUUAAUCCAGCUAAUACAUAUGAGAACACAUUGUUGUACGCAGCUUCCGAUCAAGGUCACGAAAAAAUUGUCGAAUUCCUGGUGAAAUGCGGAGCCGAAAUCAAUCGCGCUGAUGAAGAUGGUGGGACACCGCUUUACGCAGCUUCCUAUGGAGGGCACGAAAAAAUUGUCGAAUUCCUGGUGAAAUGCGGAGCCGAAAUCAAUCGCGCUGAUAAAGAUGGUCGGACACCGCUUUAUGCAGCUUCCUCUCGAGGUCACAAAAAAAUUGUCGAAUUCCUGGUGAAAUGCGGAGCCGAAAUCAAUCCCGCUGAUAAAGAUGGUCAGACACCGCUUUUCGCAGCUUCCUAUGGAGGGCACGAAGAAAUUGUCGAAUUCCUGGUGAAAUGCGGAGCCGAAAUCAAUCGCGCUGAUGAAGAUGGUGGGACACCGCUUUUCGCAGCUUCCUAUGGAGGGCACGAAGAAAUUGUUGAAUUCCUGGUGAAAUGCGGAGCCGAAAUCAAUCGCGCUCAUAAAGAUGGUCGGACACCGCUUUACGCAGCUUCCUCUCGAGGUCACGAAAAAAUUGUCGAAUUCCUGGUGAAAUGCGGAGCCGAAAUCAAUCGCGCUGAUAAAGAUGGUCGGACACCGCUUUAUGCAGCUUCCUCUCGAGGUCACAAAAAAAUUGUCGAAUUCCUGGUGAAAUGCGGAGCCGAAAUCAAUCCCGCUGAUAAAGAUGGUCAGACACCGCUUUACGCAGCUUCCUAUAGAAGUCACGAAAAAAUUGUCGAAUGCCUGGUGAAAUGCGGAGCAAAAAUUAAUCCAGCUAAUACAUAUGAGAACACAUUGUUGUACGCAGCUUCCUGUCGAAUACUGUAAAAUGUGGAGCAAAACCUUUCGUUUAAUAAAAUGAAUAAUGAUGGUUCAACUCGAAUACUCACCAAAAAUCCGUCGAAUGAUUAGUUCAACGGCGAUCCAUAGCUCCUCUACGCCGGGCCAGACUUUCAAUAUUUUAUUACCAUCCGCCGCCUUACUUUUUUAUUGUUAUUUUGUUGAUCAUAUCAGGGACGGUAAUUUUGCUCUAUCUAUUAAAAAGAAUGUUACCUUAACCUUUGAGAGAUAUUAUUACAUACUUUAGUUAUAGGAUUUAUAUUAAAAAAAAUAGAAUUGAAAAAAACUGAAUUUGUUCGACCGUAUUUCAGGAGCGAGAAGUGUCCUGUCUGAUACAUUGGACCAAUUUUACCUAGUUUGAUUAAAAUGAAAAUUUGUUUCUACAUUAUUUUUUCGUAAUACAGUGUUUUACUUUAUUUGUCGAAUAUGUUUCACUAUUUGACUCAAUUUUCCCGUAUUUGCCUUUUUGAUAUCAUAUGCCCAAAGUAAUUCCCUUUGUCAAAAUUCUUUCAAUUUAUCGCAGGGCCCAACCAUAAGUAAUUUAUUUUAACAAAUAUGUCAAUCUACAAUCAUGAAAUACCUAUAACAAAUUAUUUAAGUUCAAAAUUUCAUUUCUGUUGAGGCAAUCCCCACAAAUUAUUGCGUCAAAAGUAUUGUAUACUUGGAUAUUGCAUAUUUAAUUCGUCUUCGUUUCUAGGAUGACUUCUUUUAAUAAUCACUUUCCACUGAUUAAACAGUUUCCCAAUUAGGUUUGAUCUGUAGAUUUCAAAGGGGGCUGCACACGUCAUUACCACUCUUCGACCAAGUUUUGAGCUAAUGGAUUGAGAAAAGUCCUAUAUCGAAGUACAAAUACAGGAAAAACUCCAUGGGUUUGUAUCAAUUGUUGAAUUUCUUCAGUUCUGUGAAAUCUUACAUCGUUCAUUAAAAUAUGUCCGUGCGCCCCUAAUAUUAUCUUCUUGUAAGUGAUUCAAUAAGGUUUUAAAAAAUCGUAAUCGACUAAUUACGACCUGUCAGCUGAUCUUCGACUUUGUUUGCGCUACGGUUACUUGGUGAUCUUCCGUAAGAGUUAAACACAGUCUUCAUAAAUCCAAUUGCAUAUUUUUUCUUUCUUUUGUUUAGUUAACUUUUACGUGCGCUGCAUAGCAUUUUCUUUCUCCAUUUGAUUACUCAAGUAAAUUUUUCUAACAGUGUUUGGUUGAAUAUUAAAGUGCUGUCCACUUUGGCUGAUGUGCGACGAAAUUGUUUUGUUAAAAAUAAGAAACUGUUUUGACAGAAGGUAAAACAAUUUGAGAAACAUAGCGCACCAUUUAAUAAGAGUAGGAAAUAAAUUUGACAAUUAGUGGAACACAAUUGAUGAAAGACGAAAAUCAAAAGAAAAACACUAUUUUAUGAUAUACAGCUUUUUAUAUCUACAUACCUAUAUCCUUCAUCUGUUUUCAGAUAUUGUAAAGAUUUGUAUUGCUUAUUAAUGAAUGAAUGAAUGAAUGAAUGAAUGAAUGAAUUUAUCUAUUCUAAUAUUUAAACUUAUUUUUGAGAUUCACACAAUUUUCACAUCUAUGGAAAACAUAGCCACAAGCUAAAUAAUUCGUUUUCUUUUAUGUCUACAUAUUUCAAUUGAAUAAACUAAUUUGACAUGACGACUUCUUUUAUAGUUAUUUUGUUUAUAGUUUUUUCUGAAGUACCAUUUUCGGAUUUUUUAACUUGCAUGAAAUUUAUUUUAUUCUUUUCAAACAAAAUUUGAACUUUCGAUAAAUUAUUUUGAUACUAUUCCAAAUUUUAAUUAGUUGACGACCACAUAAAUGCAAACUCGAUCAGUCAAUAUUUUACGAAAAUUUGUCAAGUACAUUUUCGGACAAAUUCAGCUAAGCUUCAACUUUUACUUUAGUACAAUUUUUUUUUCGUGAGGUCAUCACAACAAUACGAAGAGAACUGCAGCAAAAACUGUCCUACUAUCAAACUUUAAAAAAAUACAAACAAAACACAUAAACUACUAAGUACAGGUGUUUCCAUAGUUUUAAAAAAAAUUGAAACCAAAACUGCUGUUAUUCAUCAAGAACUAAUAUUGGAACAAUGUUUUGAAAAAUACUUCCGCUUCAAAAAGAGACUUUUCGUGCCUGCCAAAACAACGAAUUGAAAAACAGCAACUACUGUUUUAAUUUCGUAUCACAACAAAAUAUACCUUACGCGGAAUCAGGUUUCUAACCUCAAAAUAUAACAAAUGAGUUAAAUACCGCUAACUGACCUGGACAAUAUCAACAGAAUUGCGUUUUACUGUAAAUUUUAUAACUUUAAAAUCUCACAAUCUCACAAAAUAUUUAAAAUUGCAGUAAAACAUAAUAACGCUAAAUGAAUUAUAAACCAGAGAAUUUAGGCGAAAUUCCUGCACUAUCAGCAGAAACUUCAUCUUGUCAUCGUAGUGGCUACAAAUUGUCCAUACAUUCCGAAAUCACUGCAUAGAGAACAGUAUGGUGCUAUAGAAAAUCAUCUUAAUCGGAUUCAUAUUAUUUACAUAACAUCAUUUAACAUAUUAAUAUUCACUUUGAUUGAGAUAGUUUUCCAUCGCACAAUUAAUUCUAGUUCUAAUAUGAGUUUGAUAAUAACUUUAUUAUUUGCAAGUAGUGUUGUAAAUGGUUGCUCUAAUGUGUAAUUUAUUUCGUGACAAGAUCGCUCAACGGAUGCAGCAUUCAUAUCUAACAAACGUCAGCGCUAGAUUCGUUGUUCACGCAUUCAAGACGCGUUUUAGUAUUUGCAUCUGUUUGGCGCUUCGAGGACAAAAUAAUUAAAAAUUUUUAAAUGUAAAGUGCCAUGAUACCUUUUAACUAAGUACUUGUACUCAGAAUUAGCAAAAAACGACGUCAAGGCUGUUUUCCAUUGUCGAAUAUUUUUAUCACUAUAUAGAUCCACUGGGUUUGCAUUACAAAAAUGAACAUUUUGUACCAAGUCGUGGUUGUGGUUUAAAUUUGUUCAUAGUGUUUUAAGCAUUUCACAUCGAUUUCCCAAAAACAUACUCUUUUGACAAACUGACAAAGUUUGAUUCAGAGAGGAAGCGGAAAAUUUACUGUGACCAAAUACUGAAGAUGCUCAAGCAUGGCAACUACGAAACUAUCUUUCUUCUUGACAAUUGGUACACAGAUGAAAAAACACUUAACAAAACCAAAGCACGUAAUUGAAGCAGGUUUUCUUUUGGGAAUAGUUGUUGAUAGAAAGUGUAAAAAUCUGAAAUGGAGCAAAAAUACCGAAGACGGACUGCAACCUUGUCGUAUUUUCUUACUUAAUCAUUGUUUGUCGGUUUAUUAAAAAAAGUAUCAUGACAUGUGAGGGAUAUUUUUACUUUGUAGUGGAAAUAUAUACAAGUAUUGUAGUUUAUAAGUUUAUUACUAGUAAUGUAACGGUGAUUACUCCAACCAAGGACUUCGAUAAACCUGUGUAUCUAAAAAAUGUAAUCAAUCUGUACCUAUAUUGUAAAUAUGUAAAUAAUGAUUUAAUCUGUACAUAUACUGAAAUAGAUUGUUGUUUGUUAUUAAACAGUAGACAAAGUUCCAUUUUUUAGAAUCCUUAUUAAA